AUGAAUCCGCAAAUGGGCCAGCAAGGCCAAGGCCAACCGCAAGGCCAGCAAGCUGGUGCAGGACAAGCUCAGCAACGUCCACCCAUGUAUCAUCCUAAUCAGAUUCGAACCUUGCCUACACUGAGCGAGGAAGAGAAAUCUAAAUAUGAGAAUGGAUUGCAAGGACUGUGGAACAAGGCGAACGGAUCACCCCAGAACAGCCCGGAGCAUAUUGCGGCGCGACAGAAAAUCAUAGAGUUCUCCAAAAUGCUCAUCAGCAAAAUCAACCAAAGGCGCACUCAGAUGGCAGGCCAGAAUGCACAGAACCAGCAGGCGCGCCCUCAGCAAAUGCAACAAAACGCCGCCGGACAGGCGACACCUCAGGCACAGAACCAGCAACAGGCAGCCGGCGCCACAGCUGGCAACCAGGUGGCCGGAGCUACCACCCAACAAACCAGAAUUCCCGAGCAUAUUCUCCAACAUAUUGCAAAGAUAAACUUCCGCGCACCCGCCCAAGUGGCAGAGAAAUCCGGCGCCGACGCAAAUAAAUGGGUAGAGGAGAUUAAACAGCGCUAUACACGUGCGCUCAUGACAAUGGAUAACAGCAAGCAAAAGGUUGCGCAGAUUGAUAAGCUCAUCAAUGACAGAGCUGCUGCUGGAACGCCCUUCAAGGAGGACGAGCUGAGGCAGCUGCAGAUUCGAAAGGAGCAGCAACUCAAGGCCCAUUCCGACGCACACAAGUGGGUUGACAGUGUUCGCAAGCAGCAAGGUAACCUGCAAGGCACCGGCCAGGCACAGGCGCAGGCACAAGCACAGGCGGCACAGAAUGCAGCGAGAGCUUCUCAGCAAGGAACCCAGCAGCAACCUGUAGCUGCUGCAGGUCAACAAACUGCUGCGACACAACAACAACAACCACAAGCCCAACCGCAGCAGCAAAAUCAACAGCAACAGCAAACCCAGCCGCAGCAGUCACAACCUCAAACACAAGCUCCACAAAAUCAACCUCAAGCAGCUCAAGCCCAAAACAACCAGAACAACGCCCCUCCAGUUAAUGCCGCCGUCGAGGUUGCCAAACAGCAGCUAGCCGCUGCGAGGGCCUCUCCGGCCAACGGAACACCAGUACCGGCACCAGGACAAGUGCGCCCAGCGCAAGGAACUCCUCAGCCUGGACAGCAGCAACAAUUGCCACAAGCGCCGGUUCAGGUCAAACAAGAACCUGGCACUGGUCCUGUCAAUCCCGCGAUGCCUCAAGCAGCUGCGCAUAACCAAGCUGGAACACCAACUCAGCAGAACGCUCCACGCAUCCCUACACCGCAGCAAGCUGCCGCUGCUGCAGCUCCAACAACAGUUCCAGGACCUCAGCGAGCUCUCAGUCACUCUGCUGCUAUAGAAAUGGCUAACAAGACCAUUAACACUCCUGGAAGCGCGCAGCUGCCUGGUCGCCCUGCCGCAGCCGGAACACCAACUCCAAGCAGCGCAGUGACUCAAGGCGUGACGGGGCCAAAUAUUCCCCAGCAGCCAACUCCACAGGGUCCUCCUCACGCACACCCCCCGCAGCCUCAACAAACGCCAAUGCAAACCAAGAUGCCCAUCCCCAAGGUGCUACCUGAAAAGGCCACCGCCGUGCCUCAAGGUGUUGCGAUUGGAGGCGGAGUAAACGCAGGUCGGCCCACGAUGACUCAAGGAAGUGGAACGCUGGGCGGUGUUAUGAACCAGCCCGCAAUGGCUAGAAUUCCAGCCUACAACCAUGAGGCAGAAGGAGAUCACGUUUUAAGCAAGAAGAAAUUGGACGAGUUGGUCCGACAAGUGUGCGGAGGGCCAGCUGAGGGGCAGGAUGGAAACCUGCUCACUCCUGAAGUAGAAGAGGAGCGCGGGUCCAAGGUGCUCGAGAUUCGCGACAUCCAACUUGUGCUGGAGCGAACUUACAACAUUCGUGUCCCUGGCUACUCCUCUGACGAGCUCCGCACUGUCCGAAAGAUUCAACCAUCUACUGGGUGGAUUGCGAAGAUGAGUGCAGUCCAAGCUGCCAAGGUUAUGCCGGGCAAGGGUGAAUAA